AUGCGUUCUGAAAGAGAUUCCGUGGUUCGAAAGGAUGGUGCUCUGUUGUUCUUAAAGGUUCUGAACAAUACUGUUGAGAGUUUGUGCAAAAAAGGCAUUGAAAGUUUUGCAUAUGGCAGUGGGCCACAUGUGCUAGCAAUUUCAGCAGAAGGAGAACUUUAUAGUUGGGGUCAUAAUGGUUAUUGCCAACUUGGAAAUGGGGGUACUAAUCAAGGUCUUAGCCCUGGCCUCAUUUCCUCAAAUCUCAUUGGACGAAAAGUGAUAGAAGUCGCUUGUGGAAGUCAUCAUUCUAUAGCAUUAACUAGUGAAGGAGAAGUGUAUUCUUGGGGACAAAAUAAUUGUGGUCAAGUUGGACUUGGCACUACUACCAAUCAGCCUACUCCUCGUAAAGUCACUGCUGGAAUAGGUUCCAGAAAAUGUAUAUCUGUUGCUUGUGGCCAAACUUCAUCAAUGGCAGUCCUAGAUAAUGGCGAGGUAUAUGGUUGGGGUUACAAUGGGAAUGGUCAACUUGGCAUAGGAAGUAAUGCUAAUCAAGCAAACCCAUAUCGUGUCUCAAAUUUGCAAGGAGUGGCAAUACAGAAAGUUGUUUGUGGUUAUGCACAUACAAUGGCCUUAUCAGAUGAAGGCAUAUUAUACGCUUGGGGUGCUAAUUCUUAUGGUCAGCUUGGAACUGGAAAUAAAGCAAACCAAGUUCUUCCAGUCAGAAUUGCAUCUGAAAUUGGAAGGGUUGUUGAAAUUGCUGCUUCACAUUAUAAUCAUAUAUCAGCUGCCUUAACUCAGACAUCUAAAGUAUACAUGUGGGGUCAAUGUCGUGGUCAGGCUGUUACAUCUGCAGCAGAAACUCCUUUCCACACAUUGCAUGAUGUUUUUGCAUGUUUUGCAUCUCCUGCUGUAACUUGGGUACCGAUGGAUCUUGAUGUAGUGUUAACAAAUAGAGUGAGUGAUAGUAUAAGGCAAGCAUUUGAUGAUGAGGACACUUCUGAUUUAAAAUUUAAUGUAGAUGGAAAAAUAAUUCAUGUCCACAAAUCUAUUCUUAAAAUACGCUGUGACCACUUUCGCUCAAUGUUUCAAGCACACUGGGGUGAAGAUGAGAAAGACACCAUUGACAUCACACAAUUUUCUUACCCUGUUUAUCGAGCCUUUUUGAAAUAUUUAUACACGGAUGAAGUUGAUUUGCCUCCAGAAGAUGCGAUUGGUCUGCUUGAUCUUGCAAAUUCUUAUUGCGAAGUGCAAUUGAAAAAACAUUGUGAAAUCAUCAUUAAGCAUGGGAUAACUGUUGAAAAUGUGGCUAUGCUUUAUGCUGCUGCUAUAAAAUACUCAGCUGAGGAAUUAAAGGAGUUCUGCUUUGGCUUCGCUUUAAAUCACUUGACUGCUGUUGCCCAAACUGAAGCUUUUAAUAAACUGGAUGAACUAACAGUGAAAAAUUUCAUUCUUAAAGCUGCUAAAAAUGGAGCAUUCAAGUACUGACAUAAAUAUUGAACUAGGCUUUUAUGCAAAAUAUUACACAAAUUUAUGGGACUUAACAGACUUCAGUGAGGAGAUUUUGUUACAUUAUUAUAAAAAUAAUGUUUCACUUCUUUUAUACUUUGUAUGCUCGUUACUAGUUUUAAAAUUAUAUGUUUAUCUAUAUCUACAGUAAUUUCUCGACUAUUCUGCCUAAUCUAUUAAAAGGUAGUCCGGAUAACAAAAUACCGGGAUAGGACGACAUUCCACUUCCUACCCCUCUCCCAGACAAAUGAAAACAUAUGUUGCACAUUUGAAAGUAAAUGUUUAAUGCAAAAAUACCCAAUGUUUAUUAAUAAACUACAGAAAUCUGAAAAUUUAUGGCAAACACGAGUUAAAAUGUACAUACAACCGCUUUAUUAGUCUUCAUUUUUUUAUCUUUUAUUUCCCAAAAUGAGUUUUACUAAUGGCUGGUUCCAUUAUCCUCAUUUUUAUUAGGCAGGAUAGUCAGGAGCAUCCUGUAUAUGUAUAUACAUUUAUAUAUUUAUUAUCAUUAGUUUUUUUGAAGUUACAGUUAAAAUGGAGUAAAGUCGUCAUUAAAAGCCUAGUUCAAGUAGCAUAUUUUCAUUUUUUUUCCUGUAAUAUUUAAUUGGAAUUUUGAGCUUGGUGAUUAAGAAAAUGAAAUAAAUUAUUGUGAUUUGUGAUAAAAGAAAGUAAAAUAUAAUUAACAAAGUGUAUUUCAAUAUAUUUCGAGUUAUAAUGUGCUGCUUGAUGUUAUUUUCAAUCCUUCAUUGAAUAAUCUUUGGGGUUAUGACCAUUCGAGGUCUAAUUCUUUUUUAGUUUUUCGAUAGAUCAAAUAAUCAAUCAAAUCUUACUUGUUUUAAAUGAUUAUUAACUCUUUAUAUUUUGUUUUACUGAGUUAAAUUUUGCUUGAAAAAUUUCAUUGUCAAUGGUUUCUCCAUAGAAUAACAUGAAAAAAAAAAAAGCUGAUUUUGUGUGUGACUUAUUUUAAACUGAAUUGAGUUUAGCAUUAUUUGGGAAAGCUUAGCGAAAUCUUUUCAAUUUAUCCAUGUUUUGUUUUCUUAUUUUGAUCUUAAUUAAUAGUGCUAUGAGAAAUAAAACAGUUUGUUAUUCUACAUUAUUCCAUUAUUGGUUAUUCCAUUAUUGGUUGGAAAAAAUGACUGUGACAAAUAUUUUAUCCUGAACUGAGUUUGGGAUUGGUCAAUAAAUGAGUAAGAAAUCUUCCAAAUUUAUGUAUUUUUUUAUUUUCUUAAUUAUUGAUUUAAAUUAGUAAUGCAAUAAAAAAUAAAAAAACUUGUUAUUCCACAUUAUUCCAUGAUUGGUUUCUAAUGUGAGAAAAAAAAACAGUGACUUUAACUGUGACAUACAUUUUACUGUAAACUAAGUUUAGGGUCAGUAAAUGGUUAGGAUAAAUUUCAAAAUGUAUAAAUUUUUUAUUUUUUUAUUUAUCGAUUUAAAUUAAUAAUGCAAUAAGAAAUAAACUUGUUAUUCCAUGAUGGGUUUCUAAUGUGAGAAAAAACAGUGACUUUAACUGUGACAUACAUUUUACUGUAAACUUAGUUUAGGGUCAGUAAAUGGUUAGGAUAAAUUUCAUAAUGUAAGCAUUUUUUAUUUUCUUGUUUAUUGAUUUUAAUUAACGCAAUAAGAAAUAAAAACAUUUAUUACGCAGUUUAUUACAUGUUAUUCUAUGAUUAGUUUCUCUAUGGAAUAACAUAGAAAAGCACUGACUUUGUUGGUAGUAAACAUAUUGGUAAAUGGUUAACAAAAAUCUUCUAAGUUUAUCUAUUUUUUAUUUAUUAAUUUUAAUUUAUAAGACAAUAAGAAAAAAAGCAAUUUGUAGAUAUGUAAAUAAAUAUUAUUUGCUUUGGGAAAACUAUAUUGUUAUAUAAUUAUUUUAUUUAGUUCAUAACACCCUCAAUUUCAAAAAUAUGUGAUAUUGUACUUAUUGUUGUUUUUUCAUUCCAAACAUUAAAUUUUUGAAGUCUUUAUGAUAUAAGGACUAAAAUAUAUCUAUAUAUUGUUCUAUCAUUGUACAAGCAUUUCUCAAAAGGUGGAAGCAUAAACGUACCAAACCCUAAGCCCUGACAACAACAAAGUUUAAACUUAAUUCUCAUUAAAAAUUUUAGACUAAAUAUCUAGUUUCAUUUAGUGACAGGAAUUAAAAUUUUUAAAAAAAAUUUCUGUAAAUAAU